AUGGGCUCAGUCGAUACACUUGGACCUCUUUUCCAGCCGCUCCGUUUGGGCGCUGUGUCCCUCAGUCAUCGGGUAAUUCAAGCGCCAUGCACUCGGAUGCGAUCGACGAAGGAGUCCGACGGCGUGUUUGUUCCCAACGAGCUUAAUGUCGAAUACUAUGCGCAACGAGCUUCACCGGGAGGUCUCAUGCUGACAGAGGCAACUCCGAUUAGUCGACUCGCGGCUGGAUAUCCAGGUGUCCCCGGCAUUUUCACGUCGUCACAAAUCGCCGGCUGGAAGAACGUCACCGAUGCAGUGCAUGCGAAAGGCGCCUACAUAUAUUGCCAAUUAUGGCAUGUUGGUCGGGCGACAGUGCCAUCUUUCAUCGAGGGAAAGCAAGCCCUGAGUGCCAGUGAUAUCCCGAUUACUGGAAAGGCGUUGGAUGGCAGCGAGUACGGUGCGACGCCCCCGCGACCCAUGAGCGUGGAUGAGAUCCAUGAAACUGUCGAAGAAUAUGCCGCGGCCUCCAAAAAAGCUAUGGAAGCAGGGUUCGACGGGGUUGAGAUUCAUGCCGCGAACGGAUAUCUUCUGGAUCAAUUCUUACACGACAAUGUGAACAUUCGGACAGACGACUACGGGGGUUCUAUCGAGAAGCGGUCCCGUAUCGUCCUUGAGGUGCUGAAGGCAGCCUCCGCGGCCAUCGGGGCGGACCGUGUAGGCAUUCGCCUGUCGCCAUACAACUACUUCCAGGACACUCGAGACUCGAACCCGAGUGUGCACUGGCUUUCGCUAUGCUCCCAAAUCGCUGAACUCCCCGCGGAAUUCCGACCCGCAUAUGUGCAUAUGAUUGAACCUCGCUUUGACGAGGUGCUAGACGAAAAUGCGAAGAUUGAUUCUCUCGCAUCGGUGAGACCGUCCUUGGAUGUGUUCCGGCCAACUCUGAAAAAGGGCGGCAUUACAUUCCUGGCCGCAGGGAACUUCAACCCUCAGAAUGCUGGACCGAAGGUAAUUGACGACGGAGCUGACGCGGUGGUGUUUGGACGGUGGUUCAUCGCCAACCCCGAUCUGCCUCGACGGUUGAGGGAGGGACUGCCAUUGAACCCUUAUGAUCGGUCGACCUUCUAUGGGGCUGACCCGGCGGAGAAGGGAUACACCGAUUAUCCUUUUUAUAGUAAAUAG